GGGGAAGGGGGGCUGGAGGGAGAAGGGAGGACUUAAAGGCACAGGGCCCUCUUAUCCCUUUAAAAUCUGGCCAGGGCUCUGCCCUGCCCUACCCCACUCUGCCCCACUCAUAAUUUCAGAUGGGAUGGGGGCUGAGAUGUGGACCCAACCACAACGCACCCUGCAAGAAACCCGACCUCUUCUUUCUGCUUCUUGGUUUAUGAGUGAAAUGGGAAGACAUACCUCCCAAGCCUGAGCAUAAACAUCCUUCCGGGACCCUGGCCCUUCUCUGGGUCUGGGGAAGACAGAAUAGUUCAUGGCACAGAGACCUACAUCAGCGCUCUCUGUACAGCUCUUGGCCUCUCCCUGUGGACUAUCCCGCUUCCCACAGGUGACUUCCUCUCUGAGUCUGUUUCCACAUCUGCAAAAAGGAGGCUGUGACAUCUGCGGCCCCUUGGCUGUAGGGAUAAUGGUUGCUGAGCCAGGCUGACUGUGCCCACCGCUGCUGGAUGGGGUUGGUGGCCACCCCUCCGGUCUCUCUGGAAGUCUUCCCUAGCGUCCCUCUGCCCAGCUCUCCGGAGGAACCUGGAGGCUCGCAUACUCCCUGGCACCCACACCCCUCGGCCUCUCCCAGAGCAGCAGUACCUGGGCCUCGGUGGACACCAUGAAGAGGAGCCCCUGGGUCUGCUGCCCCCGUCCCCUCCUACCAGCCUCAGUUUCCCUGCCAUCCUCGCCCGGCCAAGGCCCUGGCAGAAGCCCCUGGCGUUGCUUUCCUUUUCUUGCAUGCCACGGCAAUCUCAGAACUCGCUGCACUCCCGGGAAGACUCCCAUACCUGAGGGGGCCAGUCCUCCACAGGCCAUGCCCCAGAUGCACGCACAGGCAAGAAUACUCAGGCCCUAACACGCGGGAGUCCCAGAAGAAGGGGUGAUUUCCGCCUCCCACUUUAGUUACUCUGCCCCUCUGCAGUUGACUAAGCCAGCAAGAUCCAGCCAGGGCAUCCCCACUUCUGACCUGAGAGCCAGCUCCCCAUCCUGAAAAACCUGUCUGGGGGCCUGCCCUGAGGCUGUAGGACCCAAAGGGCAGGUUGGACAGGAUUCCCCUCCAGCCACUCCCACCCCAAGACAAAAUCAGCCACCCCAGGGGCCAGGCCUCACUUGCCUCAGGAAACCUCAGCCUGCCAGCACCUGUCCCAGCUCCCAGCCCAGCUAUGGCAUCCCCGCUGCCCUUCCGGACCUUGCCCUUGAACCUGAUUCUGCUGACUGUCCUGGCCCUGGGGGCUGCAGACUUCAACAUCUCAAGCGUUUCUGGUCUGCUGUCCCCGGCGCUGACGGAGAGCCUGCUAGUUGCUUUGCCCCCCUGUCACCUCACAGGGGGCAAUGCCACGCUGAUGGUCCGGAGAGCCAAUGACAGCAAAGUGGUGAAAUCCAGCUUCAUGGUGCCUCCGUGCCGUGGGCGCCGGGAGCUGGUGAGCGUGGUGGACAGCGGGGCUGGCUUCACCGUCACCCGGCUCAGUGCAUACCAGGUGACAAACCUCGUGCCAGGAACCAAAUACUACCUUUCCUACCUAGUGACGAAGGGGGCAUCCACUGAGUCCAGUAGAGAGAUCCCAAUGUCCACGCUUCCUUGGAGGAAGAUGGAAUCCAUUGGGCUGGGGAUGGCCCGGACGGGGGGCAUGGUAGUCAUCACGGUGCUGCUCUCUGUCGCCAUGUUCCUUCUGGUGGUGGGCUUCAUUAUCGCCCUGGCACUGGGCGCCCGAAGGUGAGGAGGCCCUCACCAGGCAGCAGGCCUCCAGAGGGUCCGCGACGCGAUCCCCAGCCCCCCGCUUUGCCCUCUGUGCCUGCCUCCUUUCCUGAAAACGCCGCCUGCUCCCAGACCUCAACCUGGAGGCUUUGGCUCUUUCAAUGGCUUCACCUCCCCUCCCUGCCCCCUCUCACUGGAGCCCUUUCCUCCCUCUGCCCCUCCCCUUGUCCCCAGUGCCUCACCUUUUCCCCACACUUCCUGUCCUCCCCUCACCCCCACUCUUGUCAGAAUUGGCGCUCCUUCCACCUCACCUCUUUAAUCUCCCCCUCCCUCAGCAGUUCACCCCUCCCGCAGUGAUGGAAGUCUCCAGAAUAAAGUCUGCUGCCGCCUCUGCUGUGUGUUUCCCUUUCAUGUGCUCCGCCUGUAUGGAACCGAAUCCCCGAAUCCCCCCGUUAGGCUCCCAGUCCGCCCUCCUUG